AUGGCGGACCCACCCGCGGGUGCUCCCGAGGCCCUUGGGAACAUGACCACACUGGGGAACGACGCGCUGGAAAACUCUGAAUCAACGACCACGCGCAAGACGCGGAGACAAGCACGCGCAGACAACCACCAGGACCAGGCGAACUCACUAAUCAUCGAACCAAGCACCGCAGGUACCAACACACCCCGGGUGACCACCAAGGAAAUCCGGCAGAUCAUCGAACACCUGCAACAUACCAUUGAGAAGCAAACCACGUUGAUCCAGGCCACCAGAACCGAGCUGAGAGAAGUGAAACACAAUCAGAGAGAACUACAAACUCAGAAUGAGAAACUACAAGACGAGAUCCAAACGCUCCGAACUCAAAUCGAAGGGCUCGACGCACCGAAUCCAACGCGAUCGUGGGCCGCCGUAGCAGCAGACACGAACAACUGCGAACCAAGCAAGAACCGACGCACCGAAAAGGACAAGAACUGUAUCCGAAUCAGCACCCAACCGUUGCCAACUGACACAACCGGUAUAUACACCAAUACUAAUGAAUUUGGCCGUUACCUCCCCACGUCGUCUGCGAACAACCACAUCAGGACCGCCUUACUGAACGCACCAUCCACCCACGGGGUACAGGUAGCAGGGGUUGGAACCACCAAAACCGGAUAUGUGAUCCGUUUCAAAGACCCCGAGUCAGCUGAAACUGCCAGGAACAAUACAGAAUGGUUACAGGAGCUGGGCCAUGAGACAAGACUGGUAAAACCACGUUACGGGGUAGCCGUACACCAUGUCCCAACACAGGGGCUGGAUCUUGAGAAAGACAAAACAGGAGCCAUCCGGAAAAUUGCACAGGAAAAUGAUCUCCAGGAACGUGGGUUCCGAAUCGAAGAUAUCGCUUGGCUUAGGAAAAAAGACAAAGCAUUAGGGCCGUUCGCAUCACUGGGGAUAUGGUUUGACUCAGCGGAGGCGGCGAACUGGAUGCUCGACAACGGCCUUCUGAUCGACCAACGAGUUUGGUCACCUCGCAUGGUCGUGCAAGGAGACACCACGCUUGUGCCCGACGCCCGCCAUAGCGCCCCCCGCACGAUGCUAGAAAACAACCUUCGAAUCCUGCAAUUGAAUAUGAUGAAAUCGAAACCCUGCAUGGAAGCCCUUAUCAACGAUAACCAGACCCAAAACCUGGACAUACUCCUUAUCCAGGAACCAUCUACCACUAUGUAUCGAAGCCAUGUGAACCAUAGCGCAUGGAGACUACACCGACCAACAGUAACAAGCGAUUCUGUCAGAUUCAGGAGCCUUAUCUAUGUCAACCGGAGACUCUCUACGUCCUCCUACCGACAGGUGCACUGCGACCACCCUGAUGUAACAGCAAUCAAGAUCCGGACACCCGAACUACAGAUUCUGGUCUUCUCGGUGUACAUCGAACCUAUACCAAUGCAUAAUCCGGGAGAAGCGUCAGCAAGACGUGUACUAUCAGCCAUACAUGACACGAUACAUAGUACUCUACAAAAUACAAACAAGACCACUAGUCUCAUACUGUCAGGAGACUUCAAUCGUCACCACCCGGCUUGGGGUGGUAACCAUGUCCAAUCCCGUUUCAUCGAAGAUGCGAGCGAAUUGAUCAAUUUCUUCAACACCUACAGCCUUCGGAGCUGCCUCCCACGCGGCACGGCAACUUUCUGGUCACUAAGCCACCCCGGUAGAAACUCUACUAUCGAUCAGACAUUGACGGACCGUCCGGGGAUGCUUCUCAAAUGCCAUCUUUACCAUGAUAAUUACGGCUCCGACCACCGAGCAACCUACUCGGAAUGGAGCCUCCGAAUGCCGCGCAACCCCGACACCAAACCAAGGAAGGCGUACGAACGAGCCGACUGGGAAAAGAUCGGAUGGGAUAUAUGGGCAAGCAUGAGGCCCUGGGAGACGCCAGACACAAUUGAAACACUCGAUGCCACGGUGGAGAAACUUAUUCAAGCGACCGCGACGGCCAUUGACAAGGACAUCCCGAACCUACAACCGUCACCAUAUGCUAAGCGUUGGUUUACACCAGACCUCAAAACCCAACAAAAAGCAGUAAACCAAACACGGCGUAAAUGGCAAGAGAGCUGCGCAAGGGCAGGACGGGACGACCCCUACACUAAGCUACUCUCUGAGGAUAUGCGCCAAAAGCGCCGGACAUGGACACGGGCAAUUGAGAAAGCCAAAACCGCACAUUGGAAACAGUUUCUGGACAGAACAGGGGAAAGGAGGCUUUGGAAAGCGGCGACAUACAUGCGGCCACGCGAAUCCUGGAGCAGCGUUCCGGCUCUCAAAGUCGAUAACCGCAGCGUGACUGGAAACCAAGAGAAGGCCGAAGCAUUUAUGAAUACAUUCUUCCCGAUGAUGGCGCCGGCCCAGGAAGAGACACCCACACGAAUCCCAGCGGAACUUCCAUGGCAACCAAUCACAGAACUCGAAGUCUAUAGAUCCUUGCAGGCAGCGAAGAGCUCAACGGCGCCCGGAGAGGACGGGCUCCCGAUGCUGAUCUGGAAACGGCUGUGGAGACACCUUGGAAACCUCAUCACGCGAAUUUUCGCAGCAUCGAUUGACUUAGGGUACCACCCCCGAAAGUGGAGAAGCGCCCGGAUUGUGGUUCUACGUAAACCCGGGAAGUCGGAUUACUCGAUCCCGGGAGCGUACCGGCCGAUCUCACUGCUGAACACACUCGGCAAAUUACUUGAGGCGGUAAUGGCCCGGCGGCUGUCCUACCUCGCAGAGCACUACGGACUUCUCCCGGACACCCAGUUCGGCGGACGUCCGGGGCGAACAACCGAGCAGGCCCUGCUGGUGUUGACUAACGCAAUCGACCGGGCGUGGUAUGGACAGAGAGUAGUUACCUUGGUAGCCUUUGAUCUGAAGGGCGCUUUCAAUGGCGUGAACAAGACCAGUCUUGAUAUUCGUCUCCAAGCUAAAGGCAUUCCUAAGGUCGCUCGAAGGUGGAUUGCAAGCUUCAUGAGCGGUCGACAAGCCAGGAUUGGGUUCGAUGACUACUGCUCCGAGGUGAUACCGCUGGGAAAUGCCGGGCUGGCGCAAGGUUCCCCCUUAUCCCCUAUCCUCUUUGCGUUUUUCAACAGUGAUCUGGUGGACCAACCAGUCAACUUCCACGGGGGUGCAUCAGCCUUCAUCGACGACUACUUCCGUUGGCGGGUUGGUCGAUCUGCUGAAGAGAACUUGGCUAAACUCCAAUCCGAGGAUAUACCCCGGAUUGAAGCCUGGGCUCGGAAAACAGGAUCGAGCUUUGCUGCCGAAAAGACUGAACUCAUCCAUAUCACCAGGAAGAGAAGGGAACAAUGUCGAGGUCAAAUCACCAUAAACAGCAGCGUCAUCACUCCAUCCACAACUGCAAAGCUCCUCGGCGUCAUUUUUGACCAUGAACUACGGUGGAAGGAACAUGUGCAACAAGCUGUCAAGCGAGCUACCAAGGUCAACGUGGCGAUUGGGGGGCUGCGGCAGCUUCGGCCUGAACAGAUGCGACAGCUAUACGAAGCGUGUGUCACACCAGUUGUUCAAUAUGCGUCAACUGUGUGGCACGACCCACUGCGAGACAAAACACACCUGAGACAGUUACGCACCGUGCAGCGUACGGCACUUAUUCGCAUUCUCUCCGCCUUCCGAACGGUAGCCACAUCCACUCUCGAUGUCGAAGCUUAUAUGCUACCUACCCAUCUUCGCCUACGCCAGCGUGCUCAAACCACCAUCACUCAACUCCACACAUUACCACGGAAGCAUCCAAUCCGGGAAGUCCUGCUUCGGGCCCGGAGACGACGAGAUAAUGUCGGAUCACACGCCCGGUUCCCGCUCGCGGAGGCUCUGAAAACCAUGAACCUAGAAAGGCUCGACGACCUGGAAAUGAUUGAUCCAGCCCCACAACCACCGUGGCGGGCUGAAGCCUUUUCUAAAAUCGACAUUGCGACCAAUAGGGAAAUAGCGAUGGAGCAGGCGGAGGCAGCACGGUCCGAGUCGGACCUUGUGGUGUACUCCGACGCCUCGGGGCGUCAAGGCCACCUGGGUGCCGCAGCCGCAGUCCUCGAUGACGAAUCGGUAACGACUGAGAGCCUACAGAUACAGGUCGGACCCACGGACCAAUGGUCGGUGCAUGCCGCCGAACUAAUCGGUAUCCUUUAUGCGAUCAAUCUUAUCAAUAGAAUCGUGCUCCAACAGCGAAGAGCCGGCCAGAAACGAGCGAGAACAGUCACUAUUCUCAGCGACAGCACGUCAGCACUGCUGGCUAUUCAGAAACCCGGCAGUAAAUCAGGCCAACAAAUUAUCUAUGCGAUCCUUCAAGCAGCCAAGAAUACGAGAACGCACGGGGUUACAAUUCGAUUGCAGUGGGUUCCCGGACACAGCGAGAUCCUCGGUAACGACGCAGCCGAUCGGCUGGCCAAAGAAGCAGCUAUACCUGGCAAGACACACCCGUUUUCCCCCCUGCUCUCGCGUGAAAGAGCAUACAUCAGGCAAGGAAUCCUUACUCAAUGGGAGAAAGAAUGGAAAGAGUCCAGGGACGGCGGCCAUCUCCGGAAAAUCGACAACACACUGCCAGCAAAAUACACCAGACGACUCUACGGAGCUCUGCCAAGAAAUCGAGCAUACCUUCUGACCCAGAUACGGUCGGGACAUUGCUGGCUGUCCACGUACGGCAAGUUGUUCGGCUUCCGCGAUGAUGACCGGUGCCUCUGCGGUGGACGGGAAAGUAUAAUACACGUCCUUCUAGAUUGCCCGCUGCUCAGAGACCUACGUCGAGAGCUCCGGGCAAAGGUCGGCGAUGCGCUCAAUAGCAUGUCAGUCCUGCUGGGCGGAUCUGGAUCUUGCCAGGAGGGUGGAAGUAGAGUCAGCAACGCUUCGCGCACUAAGACAGUCGAGGCCGUCUUGGAUUUUGCGGAAGCAUCCCAGCGAUUUCGAAGCCGCGUGCCAUAA